AUGGCAGCGUGCCCCCUGUCCUGCCUCCUCCUCAUCCUAUCCUUCAUCCUGACGGGGCCCAGCCUGGCCCAGGACCUCACCAGCUCCACCACCGCUGGCCCAUACACUGUCCAAACCCAGACAGACAAUCAGACAGCUCCAAUGACCCCCACCACAACGGAGCCCAUCACCACGCUAGUAACCACAGAGUUCAGCGGCAUGUCGACGCCCAGUGGCGACAUCGCGGAUGAUGAGGAUGCCAUCCCUACCAAAGGCACCCGUUGCCAAGGUUACUACGAUGUGAUGGGCCAGUGGGACCCACCUUUCAACUGCAAUAUGGGUGUUUUCCUGUACUGCUGUGGUACCUGCUUCUACCGCUUCUGCUGCCAGUUCAGAGGGCAGCGGCUCGACCAGAGCAUCUGCUCAAACUAUGACACACCCAUCUGGGCCAACACGGGCAAGCCCAUCACCACGGUGACCGAGGGCCAUGGGAACCAGGAGAGAGACCGCACCCAUAUGAUUGUCUACAUCAUCUGUGGAGUGGUGGCCAUCAUGGUGCUGGUGGGCAUCUUCACCAAGCUGGGCCUGGAGAAGAGCAGGGGAUCGGCAGGGGCGCAGAACGACCUCAGCAACUCCAGGACCCUGACAGAGCUUCUGAAGCAGCCCAGAGGAGAGGUUAGCUCAGUGGACAGCACAAUCAUCAACCCCCCUAUCGAAACCAACUACAUCUCAGCUAGGAUGCUACGCAGCCGCAGCGAGCACUACCACCUGAACAAUUCAGCCUUAUACCCAGGAAUGCCACACCCUCAUAGCAACCUCAGUGGACUGGGCCUCAACAAGUACAACUCCCUCAGGGCUGUGGCGGACACUGCCUCUAGGGGAUACUAUAAGAGCUACCCUUUGAUGGACUUCUCCCAGUACCAGGCAGCUCCAGCCUUCCAGCCCAUCUCCCUGCACCCUAAGGACAAGUCCUACCUUCAUCAGGACCACCACCAGCUCCCCACCCACCACAACCUCCACGCCCCCCUCUCCAUCUCCAUCCCCCAGAGCCACCCGGAGAGGUCCCGCCUGUCCAAGACCACCAGCCACCCCCUGUUCUCUAGCUCGGCCUUGAAAGCCUGGGACACCAGUGGACACUACGUCCAGAGGCAGACCUCCCAGCCUGGGCACAUCUCAGCCCAUCAGCAUGUCUAUUCCACCAGGAGACAGCACAGCGUAGAGAAUUUCCCGGAGAUGUUCAACCACCCUGUGUCAUACGGCCACCCAUCCUCCUACCACCACACCAGGCAUAAGAGCUACUCCACCAACAGCAAGACAGAGGUCACUGUCUGAGAAUGGAGCUCUGAGUUCCUCUGUACCUACAAUGAUACAGAAACAGAUACAAAAAUGUACAGGAUAGAGAGGAGUGUCGGAGUGUUUCAAAGAUACUGGAUGAAGGGGGGUUAAAAGAUAGGGCAACAAUGCAUCAGCAUCGCCACCCACCACCAUGACUCAAGUACAAUAACUGAACCACAAAGAUCCCCAAGACAUUGAUAAUGCAAGAGAAACACUGUCGCUCUCUGAACACCUCUGAGCCUCUCGGUCUCUAUGUCUACCACAACUCCUUGUUGCUCGAAACCUUUCUUUAACUCUACUACAUCUCUCCAUGCAUUCUUCUCUGAUCUUGUUCUUUCGCCUAUAUCCUCUAUUUCCCACUCCCACAGCUCCCCCCUCUCUCAGCCCUUAGAAGCGCUGUGUUCAGGCCUUUAGAGGGAUGAUGGCACCCGCGGGGCCACAUUAACUCGACAGGGACAAUGCCAUCCUCACGUCAGCUCCAAUCAGCCUCCGCCCCAGCGCAAGACAGAGAGAGAGAGAGGGAGAGAGACAGGUAGGGAGAUAGUGGGAAAUCACUCUAGGGAUCUUUAGAGGAAAGCCGGAUGACAGGAGUGGACAAAGUAUAUAUGUACAGAUUUUUCUUCCCUGGGGGUGAAAUGAAGGAGUCAUUGUGGAUCUGGAGACUGUAUAGCCUGGGUGCCAGUCUGUGUCUGCUCUCUUGCCAACUCCUUAUGGAAUUGUCACGGCUUGACA